AUGCAGGCCGUUCUGUCCAGCGACUAUUCCUUCGCCCAGUUCCGCUUCCUGCAGCGCCUCCUGCUGGUGCACGGCCGCUGGUCCUACCUGCGCAUGUGCAAGUUCCUGCGCUACUUCUUCUACAAGAACUUCACCUUCACCUUCGUCCACUUCUGGUUCGCCUUCUUCUGCGGAUUCUCCGCCCAGACGGUGUAUGAUGAGUGGUUCAUCACGCUGUAUAACCUGGUCUACACGGCGCUGCCCGUCCUGGGAAUGAGUCUGUUUGAUCAGGACGUGAACGACGCGUGGAGCUUCCAGCACCCUCAGCUCUACGUUCCCGGCCAGUUGAACCUGUACUUCAGCAAAAAGGCCUUUUUUAAGUGCGCCCUGCACAGCGGCUACAGCUCCCUGGUGCUGUUCUUCAUCCCCUACGCCGCGCUCAGCGACUCGGUGAGGGACGAUGGGAAAGAUGUGGCCGACUAUCAGUGA